AGUAGAGUCAAGAGCAGGGGAAGCGGACGCCUGCGCAGAGAGGGCGUGAUCGUCUGCUCCCCGCCCUUCUGUGCCAGGCCGCGCCAGCGCAGUUAAGAUCGAGCAGAAGACAACGCCUGCGCGGCAUUGGCAAAGGAGGCUGUGGCAAUAGCGGCAAUGGAAUCAGCGGAACAGCUGAACGAGUUAGUGUCAGCCGAGGGCCGAAACCGGAAGGCGGUGCUGUGCCAACGUUGUGGCUCCCGGGUGCUGCAGCCAGGGACCGCCCUCUUCUCCCGCAGACAGCUUUUCCUUCCCUCCAUGAGAAAGAAGCCCACACUGGCUGAUGGCAGCAAUCCUGAUGGUGAUCUCCUACAAGAACACUGGCUGGUUGAUGACAUGUACAUCUUUGAGAAUGUGGGCUUCACCAAGGACGUGGGCAAUAUCAAGUUUCUGGUCUGCGCAGACUGUGAAAUUGGACCAAUUGGUUGGCAUUGCCUAGAUGACAAGAAUAGUUUCUAUGUGGCCUUGGAACGGGUUUCCCAUGAGUGACUUAGGGGAGGGGACCUCAGCUCCACCCCCAGCUAUAAAAACUACUCCCUAAACAAGAACUGGCAUUUAACCUGGUAUAUUGUUCUGUGGCCUUCUCUGUACUAAUACAAAGUUACGUGAGUACCAGGAGGUACA